AUGCUUUCCUGGGUUAGCUUCUGGAUUAAUCAUGAAGCUACAUCAGCUCGUGUUGCCUUAGGUACAACAACAGUACUAACUAUGACAACAAUUAGUACUGGAGUAAGACAAUCAUUACCACGUAUUAGUUACGUGAAAAGUAUCGAUGUUUACCUUGUAAUAUGUUUUAUAUUUGUAUUUGCGGCACUAUUGGAAUAUGCGGCAGUGAAUUAUUCAUAUUAUGGUGAACAAAGUAAGCCUUGUGAAGGAGUAGUAAGUAAAUGGAAGAAUGAGAGAAUGAAAGGUCAUCGUGGCACAAAAGAUAAGGAAGAUGUCAACUUGUGUAGUCUCGUGUCUCAUUCCUUAAUGGAGAAAAUUGAAAAAAAUCAAAAUACUGAAUCAGCAGCAUCCAAUGAAGUGCUUUAUGAAACUGCCGUUGCUAACAGCAGCGGUGAGAAGCGGUCCCCAUCGCCGUUGCUAUCACUAAUGCCUACCAGAGAGAGCAUAAAUUUGAGCAUUCCCGAUUAUCCUCGAUUUACCGCUGAUAAUAAAUUGUGGUACAGAAAGCGGCAACAUGGGAAUCUGGGCAUGAAACUUCGAAGUCAAAUUAUCAAAAUUCACGUCCAAUGGCUACAUUCACAAGCACGUUCCGUUGCCGCAUCUUUUCACGUGCGCAACGUAAAUGUUAUCGACAAAAAUUCACGAAUCAUUUUUCCACUCAGUUUUAUUAUUUUCAAGUAA